AUGCUGACGUGUCCGACUGAAACCCCCGAGCGCAACAUCACACUGGGCUAUGGCGAAAAGCUUGGUCUUAUCAUGGGCCAAUAUGCUUUCAACGAAUGGAACAAAUACACAAGAGAUACCCGUUACAUUUUCCGGGCGCCGGAGAUUGGCGGUGCCUCCCUAUCUCGAGAGGAAAGAAAUGCCGACAGCCUUUAG